AUGGCUGAGGACUCGGAGCCGGACUUUUACCGGCGGUGGAAGCACUGCGAGACCCGGGGCGUGAGCACGCUGUGCAACCUCACCAGGCUGCUGAACAGACUGGAGAAGAGCCACCGCGAGGACGUCCUGCUGUACACGUCCGGCCACCUGAACCACCACAAGCUGUACAGGCCCCCCGAGACCAUCCUGCGCCACUGGCGCAACGCCGGCGGGCCGGCGGGCCGGCGGGUCCGCAGCGGGGAGAGGCCGUCGGACGACGGCAAGGUCGCCAGGAUGAGGGACGCUUGGGCCUAUUUCACCGUCAACACCGCCCUGGGCCCCAACGACGGCCCCAGCACCCCCCUCUUCCGGUACCUGAACCCCCCGGCGGGCGGGGCGCGCGCUUCCCAAGAGGACGUCCUCGCCAAGCCGAGGCCGGCAGCGGGGGAGGCGGGCGCCGCGCCGCGGAGGAAGGAGGAGCUGCGCUGGCCCGACGUGAAGGUCCUGAAGGCCCGGGCGGCGCGGUCCAGCCGCGAGUGCGCGACGUCACCUCGGGGCGAGGACGAGUACCGGUACGUCAGCUCCUACCUGGCCGGCCUGACCAAGGCGGACAAGUACAGGAGGUUCCUGCGUUUCCAGAGGGAGGUGCUGGCCACGCAAGAUUGCCUGGGGACCGACUUCACCGGGCGCAGGGCGGCGGCGGGCCACGAGAAGAAGCUGGAGCAGGACCUGCAGAAAGUGUGCCUCUGCGACCCCCACAACAAACUCCAGGUCCUCAGCGGGGUCUUUGGAGACAUCUGCAAGAGUUCUUUGAUCUUUGGGGACCUCUUGAAAGAGGUUAAGGACGAGUACGAGCUCUACAUGGCCAUCCUCCUGCGCACCCGGCCGGCAGAGCGGCAGCAGGCGCUGCGGGCGGAGGCCGAAGGGCUGGAGCAGAGGCCGGUGAAGACGGAGGACGUCCAGCGGGCCCGGGAGCAGCUGCGGGCGCUCGUGACGGCCACCAAGGCGGCCCUGGAGCACAACGACAAGCUCAGAGACCAGCUGGAGGCGGAGCGCAGGCUGCUGCGCGCCACCGCGGAGAGUUCCGAACCACGUGAGGAAAACGUGGGGAAGGAGGAGCACCUGGCCCUGAGCGACAAGGUGGGAAAGAAGAGAUGUGAGAUACUGAAGAAGCUGGAGGAGAUCCAAGCGCUCGAAACAGAGAUUAAAACAACUCUGGUUCACACUGGGGUCUUACACAUCACCGAGAACAGGAUUAAAAGCAUAGAGACUGACGCUAUAAAAUUGGAAAAGACAAACAAUAUUUUAAUGAGGAAAAUAAACGUGGUCGAGUGCCAGGUGAAGCAGUGCGUGGGGAAGAACGUCAGUGGGGAGGAGCAGCGGGACAUUUGGGAGUUUAUUGAAGACUAUGUAAAGCUAAAAGAAACGGAUGACAACUCUCAAGUGGCUGGAAAAGUGCUCUACGAAUACUCACAAGUGCCGUGCGUGUAG